UCUUCAGGUUGUUAAAUAUUCCAUGAAACGAAAACUAAUGAGCUCGACUUAUGCAUUUUCUCGUGCAAUUUUGUCUUUGAACUCAGAGGGACGCUGUUGACCAAUGUGUGUCAGUUUUGAAGCUGUUUUAUACUCGCACCUCCCAUCGGUUUCAUUUGUUAUAGCGAGAUGUAGAAAUGGAGAUGGAAUAAAGUACUCGGGCGUACGUUCUGCGGAGCUCAAAUACCCUGGACAACGGGAGAGUUUUUUUGUCGUUUCUGAAAGGAUUCUCUGCAUUUUUUUUUUACAACAAAUUUAUGAAAACAAAACGUAAAAGGACACCAAACGCAUUACAGGAGGACUCGCUACCGCCACAAUGUCGGACGGAACAAUGAGACGGCAAGUGCUGUUGUUUAUCUUGGUUCUGUCUGUCAGCUCAGCCCUCGGACAGGUCAGCUACUCAGUCCCCGAAGAAAUGGCGACAGGCUCAUUUGUUGGUAAUGUGGCUCAGGAUUUAGGCUUAGAUAUCAAAAGACUUAAAUCCGGCAAGGCUCGUGUUUUUACUAGAGACAGUACCGCAUAUAUUGAGCUCAACAGAGAAAAGGGAAUUCUACUCAUCAAAGAAAGGAUAGACAGAGAAGCGCUUUGUGGAGAAAUGACGCCCUGUGCUUUGCAUUUUCAGAUUUUACUGGAAGAUCCGAUGGAAUUUUACAGCGUCACUGUGGAAAUCACAGAUGUAAAUGAUAACCCUCCCACAUUUGUCACCAGCGAUGUGCAACUUAAUAUAAGCGAAUCUGCGCUCAUCGGUGCAUCAUUCACUUUAGACAGGGCGACCGAUCUUGAUGUAGGUAGGAACGGUUUAAAAACAUAUGUGCUAAAACCAAAUGAUGUUUUUUCUGUUAAAAUGAACAGUCAAGGAGACGGCGGUAAGAGUGUUGAGAUGGUUCUAAAUGCGCCGCUAGAUAGAGAGAAAAACGACCAUCUGUCUUUGGUCCUGACGGCAGUGGAUGGAGGCGAACCGCAGAUGUCAGGAACAAUGCAGAUUCACAUUACAGUUUUAGACUUUAAUGAUAAUGCUCCUGUUUUUACACAAUCUGUUUAUAAAGCCUCUGUUCCGGAAAACGCACCUAUAGGUACAGCCGUAGUAACAGUUUCUGCAACCGAUGCGGAUUAUGAAUCUAACGGUAGAAUAAGUUAUUCGAUUUCAAAUAUGUUGGAUCAUGCCCGUGGAUUAUUUGGGAUUAAAAGGGAAACUGGUGAGGUUAUCUUGAAUGGAAAAUUUGAUUAUGAAAAGAAGAAGAAUUUUGAGAUUCAUAUUCGUGCAACUGACGGUGGGGGUCUCACGGGGUCUUGUAAAUUAAUAGUUGAUGUGUUAGACCUAAAUGACAACAGCCCUGAUAUUCACAUUAUGUCGAAAUCAAAUGUGAUAUCUGAAGACGCUAAGCCUAACACUGUUGUUACAAUGAUAAAUGUUGAAGACGCAGACUCAGCUGAAAAUGGAAAAGUGCACUGCGUCACUAACGAUGACAAUAAUUUUAUCUUAAAGUCCACAUCAGGAAAGUUUUAUACUUUAGUGACGGAUAGUGAAUUAGACAGAGAAAGGGCCGCUGAGUACAAUAUAACUGUGACUUGUUCUGAUGAAGGAGUACCCUCCCUCUCCAGCAGCGUAACUCUCACCUUACAGAUCUCUGAUGUAAAUGAUAACCCUCCUGUCUUUGAGAGGAGCUCAUAUGAGGCCUACAUUACAGAAAAUAACACUCCAGGUCUAUCCAUAUUCACAGUGAAAGCCACAGACUCUGACUGGAACCAGAAUGCCCGUGUUUCUUACAUACUGGAGGACUCCUCUGUUAACGGAGUGCCAGUCUCCUCAUAUGUGUCCGUUAGUGCUGAUAGUGGAGUCAUCCAUGCAGUGCGUUCUUUUGACUACGAGCAGAUCAAGGAUUUCCAGUUCAGGGUCAAAGCUCAGGAUGGAGGCUCCCCUCCACUCAGUAGUAAUGUGACUGUGAAAAUAAUGAUCCAGGACCAGAACGACAACGCCCCUCAGGUUCUGUACCCAGUCCAGACUGGUGGCUCUCUGGUGGCUGAAAUGGUGCCUCGUUCAGCAGAUGUGGGCUAUCUGGUCACUAAAGUGGUAGCUGUUGAUGUGGACUCUGGACAGAAUGCCUGGCUCUCCUAUAAACUGCAGAAAGCCACAGACAGGGCGCUGUUUGAGGUGGGCUUACAGAAUGGAGAAGUAAGAACUAUCCGCCAAGUCACUGAUAAAGAUGCAGUCAAACAAAGACUUAGUGUUAUAGUGGAGGACAACGGACAGCCCUCUCGUUCAGCUACAGUCAUUGUAAACGUGGCGGUGGCGGACAGCUUUCCUGAAGUGCUGUCUGAGUUCACUGACUUUACACACGACAAGGAGUACAAUGAGAACCUGACUUUUUACUUAGUGCUGGCUUUGGCUGUAGUUUCCUUCCUCUUCAUCACGUGUGUGGUGGUCAUUAUAUCAGUGAAAAUCUACAGAUGGAGACAGUCUCGAAUCCUGUAUCACUCCAAUCUGCCAGUGAUUCCAUAUUAUCCACCACGUUACUCCGACACUUUGGGGACAGGGACUCUCCCACACGUGUACAACUACGAAGUGUGCAGGACGACUGACUCCAGAAAGAGUGACUGUAAGUUUGGCAGAGCUGGUAGUCAGAACGUGCUGAUAAUGGACCCCAGUUCAACAGGGACGAUGCAGAGGAUACAGAGUGAAAAGAGCAUCCUGGACGAACCAGACUCUCCUCUAGAGGUUAGACCUUUAAGCUAUCUAUUGUCACACUAAGGUCGCAGUCAUGAUUCCAUUUCAGCACCUCGGA